AUGAAGCUCCGCAACAAGGCGGCGGCGCUGCUCCUGCUCGCGCUGGCCGCGCUCCUGCUCGCGCUUCUGUCCCUGCGCGCCGGCCGCGCCGCACCCGCAGCGCCCCUCGCGCGCCCCGCGUCCACCCCGCCGCGCCGCCCCGCGCCGGCCCCCGCGCGCCUCCCCGGCUGGAGCGCCCUCCCGGGGGCCGGCCCGAGCGCUCGUCGGCGCCGGCCUCCUCGCCUGCGCCCCCGUGCCGGCCGUCGGGGCGCCGUGAGCCUGAAAUCGGCGAGGAGGCCUGGAGAACUCAGGAGUUUCCAGGCUGUGCUGCCACCCGAGCUCUGGAUCCACUUGGCGGUGGUGGCCUGUGGCAAUCGGCUGGAGGAGACGCUUGUCAUGCUCAAAUCUGCCGUGCUCUUUAGCCACAGGAAGAUGCAGUUUCACAUCUUCACCGAAGAAUCUCUGAAGCAUGAGUUUGAUAAGCAGCUUCGACAGUGGCCUGACUCAUAUACAAAGAAGUUUGAGCACAGAAUCUACCCCAUCACAUUUUCAGCUGGAAACCCUCAGGAAUGGAAGAAAUUAUUCAAACCCUGUGCUGCCCAGAGACUCUUUCUUCCGGUAAUUUUAAAGGAUGUGGACUCCCUUCUCUACGUGGACACCGAUGUUCUCUUUCUGCGACCUGUUGAUGACAUCUGGAAGCUUCUGAGGCAGUUUAAUUCCACUCAGCUUGCAGCCAUGGCCCCCGAGCAUGAAAUCCCCAAGAUCGGCUGGUACAGCCGCUUUGCCCGGCACCCUUUCUAUGGCUCCGCGGGGGUUAACUCAGGAGUCAUGCUAAUGAAUUUAACUCGGAUAAGAAGUGCCCAGUUCAAGAACAGCAUGAUUUCAACAGGCUUGGCUUGGGAGGACAUGCUGUACCCUCUCUACCAGAAGUACAAGAAUGCCAUCACUUGGGGAGACCAGGACUUAUUAAAUAUUAUUUUUUAUUUCAACCCAGAGUGUCUCUACGUGUUCCCCUGCCAGUGGAACUACCGUCCUGAUCACUGCAUGUAUGGAAGCAAUUGCAGAGAGGCAGAGCGGGAAGGUGUAUCUGUCCUGCAUGGGAAUCGAGGUGUCUACCAUGACGAGAAGCAGCCAACUUUCAAAGCACUCUAUGAGGCGAUCCGAGAUUUUCCCUUUCAAGACAAUCUCUUUCAAUCCAUGUAUUACCCUCUUCAGCUGAAGUUUUUGGAGACUGUGCACACUUUAUGUGGACGAAUUCCACAGGUUUUUCUGAAGCAAAUUGAGAAAACAAUGAAAAGGGCCUAUGAGAAACACGUCAUCAUCCAUGUUGGCCCCAACCAGAUGCACUGA